UCUUACAGGAAAAAAUUCACAAGGAAUAGACAUGUCUGUUUAUCUCAAAUCACUGGGAACAUCCACUGCAAUAUUAUGGUACUGUCACAUAAGUGACAACUGUACUUUUUUAGAACGAAAGGAUCUCCUAUCCACCUAUUGUCCAGCCACUCAAAGUGAUCCGUUUAUGACACUGUUACCCCUGUGAACUGAAUCGUCUCGUGAAUUUUCCCUUCCAUAUUUCCCCCCUUCACACCUUCUACAGAUUUUUAAUAUUCCCUUCAAAAGGUUCACAGUUAGCCUAUCUAUGGAUAUCAUUUUCUUAUCCAUCAUGCAACAACUACAUACCUGCCAUCAUCCGAAAAUGACACCACAAUUCUAUACCUGUCAACUGAUCAAACCGUAUUUUAAAUUACGUAUUCACACCUUUGUUUGCAAUCGAAUAUACGCUACACUCAACGCGUUGCUUUAAUGCCAUCAAAACCGAAGGCUCGAAUAUGUUUCAGGAAGUUAAAGGACGAUGCAGCAACGUGUACGACAUUCCGUAUUGCAAGAUGCUUAGGAAAUACUUGUUACUUUUUGGCCAGGAUCCAUACCAAGGAGACGGGAUUCGUACCGUUCUCACGAUUGUGAUGGUAACCCUUCUACUUGGUGUUAUUAUUCCAACGUCGUUUCAAUUACAUGUCUCGUUGCUUGAAAAAGAUAUGGAUGCUGUUAUUGAGUGUAUGCCGCACCUAAUAGCGAGUAUGACUACUAUUGUUAAAAUACUGAAUGGCCAUCUGAAUAAAAAAAACUUUCGAAAAUUAUACCAAUUGAUGAUAGAAGAAUGGGAAUUGUUAAAAUUGAACGAUGAAUUGCACGUGUUGGAUAAAGUUAUCGAACAGGGAAGCAAGCUAGCCAAUUUAUACAGAAGUACAUUGCUAGGGUGUCUAGGAGUAUUUCUAACAGUUCCAUUGAUUGCUCCCGGUUUGGAUAUUAUUGUACCCUUAAACGAAACCCGACCAAGGCAGCAAAUAUUCAGAGUAAAUUAUUUGAUCUUCGACGAAAGAGAAUAUUUUUUUAUCGUAUAUCUUCAAUUAGCCAUUGGCGCGUUUAUUAUUGUCAGCGGUAUAGUUACCAUUGAUUCUUUGUAUAUGAUUAUCAUUCAUUAUAACAGUGGACUGUUCGCCGUAUGCGGAUAUCAGAUUCAGAAAGCAACAGAAAAGGACUACAACUUAGUUACUCACAGGAGUACUACGAAUGAUCACAAAUACGCGGAUUUCAGACGUUGUGUGAUCACGCAUCACAAGGCUCUCCAGUUUUACGAGAUCUUGAAGGAAAACAGUACAAACAGUUAUUUACUUCAGAUUGGAUUGAAUAUGAUAGGCAUAAGUGUAACUGCUGUCCAGACAGUUUUAAAUAUGGAUACCGAUUCGACAGAAGAAGCUAUCAGAAAUGCAAUAUUUCUUGGCGCGGAACAAUUUCAUUUGUUCGUUAUCAGUCUACCUGGACAAGUGCUGAUUGAUCAUUGUUCGGAUCUUGCUGCGAAUAUAUACAGUUCCAACUGGUAUAAGACGCCGGUGAAAAUUCAGAGGAUGGUUUAUCUUAUGCAAAUAAGAGCAAAUAAAUUGUGUGUAUUGACCGCUGGUGGAUUGUAUCAGAUGAACAUGGAGAAUUUUGCAUCGGCUUUCAGAAUGUGUAUGUCUUAUAUCACAAUGCUGCUGUCACUGAGGGAAUAAGAUCCAUCGUUAAUGCUCAAAAUUAAUUCAGCAAUGUC